GCACCGUGGGAAACGCCCAGAGAUAGAGAGAGAGAAAGAAGAGAGAGAGAGAGAGAGAGAGAGAUGUGGAGCUCAUCCUCGGAAGACGAAUCAUUUGCGUCGUCCCCGACACGAAACCCUAGCCCCUUCCCAAUGGAGAAGAGGCGAUCGAAGAAGAAGCCGAAGCAGAGGAGGGCGAGGGCGAGGGCGGAGGAGGAGGAGGAGGAGGAGGAGAUGGGGUGGCGGGGGAGGGCGUGGGAGGAGGCGUGGCCGAGGAAGGGGAGGAUCGGGGGAGGCGGCGGAGGCGGAGGUGGGGUGAUGCUCGAGGGCUAUGUGGAGGGGUCGGAGAACGGAUCGGAGGGGGGAGCGGGGGAGGGGGAGGUGGGGAGGACGAAGAGCCUCACCGACGACGACCUCGAGGAGCUCAAGGGGUGCCUCGACCUAGGGUUUGGGUUCAGCUACGAGGAGAUCCCCGAGCUGUGUAGUACCCUACCCGCCCUCGAGCUCUGCUACUCCAUGAGCCAGCGCUUCCUCGACGAGCAGAGCCGAUCGGCGGAGGGGGAUGUUGCCGAGCCGAGCGCCGCAUCGCCUGCGGCGGCGGCGUCGUCGACUCCGAUCGCUAAUUGGAGGAUCUCUAGCCCUGGGGAUCAUCCUGAGGAGGUUAAAGCAAGACUCAAGUAUUGGGCUCAAGCAGUGGCAUGUACCUUGAAAUUAUGCAGCUGAUGGAGCAGCUGUAAAACUUACUUUUUGACAUGAGAAACACUUCAUGCGCGAUCACGCACAAUUUCCGCUCUUUAAGCAGCAUUGCGGCUCAAUUCCCCUCGGUGAUGCAGUACAAGCACUGGCAGAUGCAUAGCACGCACCGAACCUGAUUCGAACGAUCACGCAGGGACGCUGAUGCGGAAGAAAUCUGGAAGCUGGAAAGAAGAAUCCGCCGAGUCUUAUCUCCAUUUUCUUCAUGUCGAUACGAAAUGUAAUUUUUUGAUGUUAAAUACGUUAAGUUCGAAUAAAAGUGCCUUUUUUCUCUUCAUCUGAGUAA